CUGUUGUUGAGAAAGAAAGCGUGCAGGUCAUGCAGCUCGUGCUGACACUGGAGGAUUUUUUGCCAAGAACAGUGGGCAGCUUCACCACUGAGGACAAAAUCACGUACUCAAGACGGUAUGAGAUGCAAAUAUGCAGCUGAGAUGAAUGACGACGCAACUGACAAUAAUAACGUGACAACACGGCCAAAACAGUUCAGGUUCAAAGCACAGUAAACAUAAAGGACAAGACAAAAGCUUAACAUAACCUGCUCCCAUAAGAGUUCACAGCAAGGGGGGAGGUGUCCCGUCCGGUAGAUGAGUCUCCUCGACGCCGAAUAAAAGAAGCGGUAGUGGGAUAUGAUAUCCUCUUCAUUAGACUCCUAAAUCGAUGAUCCGGCCAUAAGCAUGUUGUAUGCGGCAUGUAAACAUCAUUGUUACAAUGGGCAAAUAUCAUAUACAUAAAAAGCCUCGCCCAGGUUGGCACGUCAUCAGAGGUCAAAGGGUACCUCUUGAGAGAAAGAUGGCUGCGUCCAGAGGAGCAGUUGUGUUAAAGACGGUUAAGAAAAUUGUUGUACAGUUAUGUCCAUUUGAAUCUAAUGUUCGCUCUACACGAGAUUUCCUCGUCAUGGUUGGCUCUGAAAAAGCCAGAUCCUCAAAUAUAAAUUGUGAAAUAAUCACAGAGGUCAAGCAUGACCGAUCAGAGUCUGUCAUUGACAUCACAUUCGUGGAUGGAGAGAGGCUGGUGAUGAAAGGAUCCAAACUAACCACUCAAGAAAUGCUCUCAGCACUACAGACCCGCUGCAGUGCUAAAAACCCUCAAGCAAAAGCAGGAGACAAGAAGUAGUCGGCCCUUAGCAUAUUUCUGUGUAUAUACAGUGUGUUUGCGUGUGUAAAAUAAACUUUUGUUAUUUACAAUGUCA